AAUUAGCAAUAAAUGAUUGAUGAUUGUACUACGUCAUUUAACUUUAGAAGAGAGAUUUUGAUAUUUUACUCAUAUUUUUUGUUUCAACUUGGAGAAUUAACCCAUCAAUGUACAUAGGUAUAAUCUUAUCAUGAGGGCUAUCAUCUUCCUUGCCAUUGUUGGCGUUGCAUUCGGAAAUCUCUGCAAGGGAGUUAAUAAAAGGGAUAUCAGUGCUGCAUUUGCUGCUGCUCGUGUAGGAUCCGCAGCUAUCUUCGGAAACUCCUGCCCUGGAUUUGAUUUUGAUUCUGUCGCCCUUUCCGGAAAAUGCAAAGCUAUCGUCAAACAAGCCACUUGCUACGGACUCCAAGCUGCCAGCCACUACGACUCAGACGUUGUCAACUACGGACAACUGGCCUCUGAUGUAUCCAACAUGGAGGAACUCGGCAACCUUGCUUGUGCUCAGGCCCGUGGAUGUUUCCUCCAAGUCAGCGCCGCUAUGGAGGCAUGCAAGGCAGCAAAUGCUGACUUCGUACAAGAUACCAUCGAUGCUGCCGAGUCUGCCUACAAGGAGAACUUUGAAGACAAAGCUGCAGCUUUCGCAAAAUCUAGCAAGGGUUCUCUCCUCGGAGACCUCGCAUCCAUGGCUCUUGACCGAUUCUCCAGUGCUGACGAUAUCCAAGACUUCAUCGAGGAGCACCUCACCGAGGGUGUCAAAUCUGAUGCCUCUGCUGCUGCUGCAGAAGCUCAAGCUCUCGCCAAGGGAUGGUGUGAUGAUGGAUGUACCAGCUCUACUGCCAGAUUCCUUGAGGGUAUCUUCGGGCACAUGAACGGUGGUGGAUGUGAUGAUGCCUCUGAAUUCUGCGGUGAAUGCCAGUCCCGUGCUGCAUCCUACUUCGCCAGGAACCAGCUGCCAUGCUGUAUCGAGAAGGUUGUCCGAAGGGGAAUCGUGGCUUACGACUACGUUAUCGCUAACUACAGCGAUGCCCUUGAAUCAUACGGAGCUGCUGUCGGAUCUGGUCUGAGUGCAUCUGGUCUUGCUGAAGCUAAGGCAAUCAGAGAUAGAGUUGUCGAAGAGUUCGGCUGUGUCAGCGCAGUUUACUCCGCUAACCGACCCGAAUGCGCAUAAAGUACUCGCGAUAGAAACCCCAGUUGAAAGACUCAAGACAUCUCAAACGAAUGGAAACAGUUUAUUUAUAUAUAUUUGAGAAAGGACUGGUAUUUCAUCUUCAGAUGUAUUUUAUAGUGCUGAUGUAAUAUUAUUACUUACUAGAAUGCAACCUCAUAA